UUAUGCAAAUGAGGCGCAGUGAGGAGACGCUCGAGCUUCAGUGAGGCACUUUGUGAACACCACUUCAUAUGAUCUUUCGUCGAUAUAAAAUCAUCGCAACAUGGCUUCAAAGUGCCCCAAGUGUGACAAGACUGUGUAUUUUGCUGAGAAGGUGUCAUCUCUGGGGAAGGACUGGCAUAAGUUCUGUCUGAAGUGUGGCCGCUGUAACAAAACCCUGAACGCAGGGGGACAUGCUGAGCAUGAUGGGAAGCCCUUCUGCCACAAACCAUGCUAUGCUGCCCUCUUUGGACCAAAAGGUGUGAACAUUGGCGGAGCAGGGUCCUAUGUGUAUGAAGCCCCCGUCAGCAAUAACCUAGCCUCUACUGACUUGAACGCCCCCCCCAAGCCUGCUGAGGAGAAGAAAGUGUUUGCACCCAGGGCACCUGUCAAAGCUUCCAGCAUCACCACCUUCUCUGGUGAGGCCAACCUGUGUCCCAGGUGCAGCAAGAAGGUCUACUUUGCUGAGAAGGUGACGUCCCUGGGAAAGGACUGGCAUCGGCCGUGUCUCCGCUGUGAGAGGUGCAGCAAGACCCUGGCCGCCGGCAGCCACGCAGAGCAUAAUGGCCAGCCAUACUGCCACAAGCCAUGCUAUGCUUGUCUCUUUGGACCCAAAGGAGUGAACACUGGAGGUGUUGGCAGCUACAUCUAUGAGAAGGAGGUCAGCACAGAGGCCCAGCCCUGAGCUACUGCGGUCUGUCCCGUCCCCAGCCUCAACCUAAGCUCUCCAAUACUAAUACCACAAUCCAACACAGUAUUAUUAACACUAGGCUUUAGCCCCUAUAGCUCCUUCUAUAAGCAGCCCUGAGAGACCCAAGGCCUCUCUUCCAGCUCCUCCCAUUUAACCCCUGACCCCAAAUAUUUCACCACCUGGCCCAGCCCAUCUAGCACUGCAGUCCUCUAAUCCUCUAAUAUACACUAAUAUACAUACACUAAUAUACAUAUACACUGACCAAAAGUAUGUGGACACCUGUUCGUCGAUUACAAAAUCAUGGGCAUUAAUAUGGAGUUGGUCCCUCCUUUGCUGCCACAGCAGCCCCCACUCUUCUGGGAAGGCGUUCUUUUACACCGACCUCGACAAACCAUUUCUGUACGGACCUCGCUUUGUGCACGGGGGCAUUGUCAUGCUGAAACAGGCAAGGGCCUUCCCCAAACUGUUGCCUCAAUGUUGGAAGCACAGAAUCGUAUCCAAUGAAUGUUAUAGUAUGCUGUAGCGUUAAGAUUUCCCUUCACUGAAACUAAGGGGCCUAGCCCGAAUCAUCAAAAACAUUGGGGCAGGUAGCUUUCUCCUGGCAUUCGUCCGUUGGGACUGCAAGAUGGUUAAGCACGAUUCAUCACUCCAGAAAACGCAUUUCCACUGCUCCAGAGCCCAAUGGCGGCGAGCUUUACACCACUCCAGCUGAUGCUUGGCAUUGCACAUGGUGAUCUUAGGCUUGUGUGCAGCUGCUCUGCGACGGAAACCCAUUUCAUGAAGCUCCUGACGAACAGUUAUUGUGCUGACGUUGCUUCCAGAGGCAGUUUGGAACUCAGUAGUGAGUGUUGAAAAUGAGGACAGACUAUUUUUACACGCUUCAGCUUUCGGCGGUCCUGUUCUGUGAACUUGUGUGACCUACCGCUUGUUGCUCCUCAACGUUUCCACUUUACAAUGACAGCACUUACAGUUGCCUGGGGCAGCUCUAGCAGGGCGGAAAUGUGACGAUUUGACUUGUAGGAAAGGUGGCAUCCUGUGAUCGGUUCUUAUAAAUCACAAGUGCCAUAAUAUCGGCAGGUGCUUUUUCAAAUCUUUAACAAAUAAACAAUCUCUAAAGCUUUGCAUGGAACAAAAUGUUAUGUUUGUCAUAUUAGUUGAUUUUUUUCCCCAUGUGCUGGUAUUUUUUUUGUGUUAAGAUUUUUGCGAAUUAGUUCGAUGCCAUGUUGAAAGUCACUGAGGUCUCCAAUAUUUGUCUAUGGAGAGUGCAUGGCUGUGUGCUCGAUUGUAUACACCGGUCAGCAAUGGGUGUGGCUGAAAUAGCCACAUCCACUCAUUUGAAGGCGUGUCCACAUACUUUUGUAUAUAUAGUGUAGCUUGACUCUUCCCAAACACUUUAUUAAAUUAUAUUUUAUUUACGCUUCAAAAAGAAAAUAUAAUUUAUGGAACACAAUUUAACCCUGAGUGGGUUCUUCAUAUUACUGUAUGGAGCUACCAUUCUCUCUCCCCACUGAAACAUAAGUUCUUCACCUUUUAUGAGUUCAUGAUUAGUUUAUGUCAUGUUUAUGUAUAUUUACGAGCGUGGAUAUAAGCACAUUAUAACCCCAUAUACAAUGUUACUUUAAUAACUGCAAUAAAACAUUUUUUUAUUUCCCUUUUAUUUAAUUUUAAGCACCCCUAACGCGGCCUUUGAGGGGGAGUUUAGAGACGAGACCAGGUGAAAUAUGUCAUAUGAUCCCUGUCUGUAACAUAACAAAUCUAUUUCCUCAGAGUAGUGAUACAUGGUGUUUUUAGGGGAGGUGUUGCGUUGUCAUGGUAACAUACUGACAGGCAUGCAGGUGUACCUGGGAGAGAGGGAGUAGUCUGGCGGCAGGUGCAGGUGGUGCUGUUUCAGGACAGGAGCACCACUUUAAAUCCCUCCUGCUAGAUUUAUGGGUUAAGACCUAGAUUUCUACCGUUUUGGCCGCCCGACUACAUUCCUGAUCAAAUGGAUGAUAUAAAAAAAAGUAUCUGGGGUUUAAGUUCCAGAAAGAGUCUGGAUCAUUUUAAAAGAUGGUAUUUUAGGGUUGUGGGUCAGUAAGGGUAGCCAGGUUCAUGAUCUGUUUGUACUGUUUUGCCUAUGGUCAUUGCACGUCAAUGGAUACCAUAGUAUCCACACAGCACAUACACAUCUGGAACCAGGCUAUUUUGAGGGUCCUGUUACUGGGUUGACAUGGUACAGUAGAUUGUUUAUGCACAGUACUGCAUUGGGUUCCAGACAUGGAAAUCAUUUUAAAUUGGGUUUGAAAUAAACAGGAUGUGUUUAUUCAUUUGUUAAGAAUAAGAAGACUAUACCAGUAAAAUUGCAUAAAGAAAGUGCAUUGUACUACGGCUAUGGGACAAAUGAAUGAAGGAAGGAAAAGAAGCUGGGGCAACAUGAACUUGUAGGAUAUAGAGUGAUGACCAUCGGUAAGCUGUACAAUUCGAUAUGGUCAGAAUAUUACUGUAGUAAGAAACCCUUGAUGUAUUUCUACCUGAGAUUUCUAUGAGCUAACUGAAGUAUUAUACCUUAGUAGGAGGUAGCCAAUAGAAACACAGGUGCAUCUGAAAUGGCACCCUGUUCCCUGUUGAGUGCACUAAUUUUGAACAGGGCUCCCGUCAAAAGUAUUGCACUAUGUAGGGAAUAGGAUGCCAUUUUGGGACGAACACAUAGUAACUGAAACACUGCAGACAAAGCAUUAUGUUAGAAUGUGCUUUAGUAUUAUAUAUAUAUAUAUAAAAAUAGGACUGUUGUGAUGAUUUGAUUAUAAUGAUCUGUUAUGAACUGUUUUGUGUAGUAAGGCUUGAUUAAAACACUUCAGGAGUCACUGUUUGUAGAGAAAUAAAAUGGCUGCACUUCAGUCCUGCUGCUUCCGUCUUCUUAAUCCCUUAAUUAAACUUUCUAUAUAUACUGUU